ACAUGACAUGACAUUUGCCUUUUUUGCGGAAGCGAGCUCACGCACGCAAUUCAAAAAAUAUCGCGUAACUAUUUCAAAAGAAAAUAUUAUGGCUACUUUACAUGAAGCUUUGAAGCCUAUUUCUUGGCUGGCUGGACGCUGGUCUACUGAGGAAGGUCGGGGCACGUAUCCGAACAUACCAGACUUUCAAUAUCAUGAAGAAUUGGAAUUUAUUUGCGUCGGGCAACCAAUGUUCAACUACGUAUCAACAUCGACGCAUCCAGAAAAAAAAACUCCAAUGCAUCAGGAAAGAGGUUUUUUACGCAUUAUGCCAGGCACAAACAAGCUAGCCUUCAUGGUUAGCCACAACUUUGGCCUCACUUCUCUCGAAGAAGGUGAAAACGAUGAAGAAUCUAAGCAAAUAGUCUUAGAAACUGUCAGCCUGUCUCGAAUGUCAUUUGCUAAGCCUCCAGCUGUGAAAAAAAUAAAGAGGAACAUCAAAUUGGUGGCCCCUGAUACUUUAGAAGUAGUUUUGUUUAUGGAGACUGAUAAUACUCCGUUGACAGAGCAUUUAAAGGCGGUUUAUAGAAAAGUAGAUGGUUAGGCAGGAGAUUACAUAAGAUUUCGAAGUACCUCAAACUGUUGGAAGCUGAUUAUCUGAAUGCCAAUUAAUUGAAUCGCUAAUGGUCUGAAUUGACCCUAGGCUACUGCAGUCUAUUAGUGUUAAGGUUUGAUGGGGCUGCAUAAGUUUUUCUUUAUUACCUGUCUUAAGUCUGAUUAUCUGAAAUGAAGUCACUUUUUUUUCAUUUCGAGUUUUGUUCACCUGGGUCUCAAGGUGAAGAACCGGCAAGAAACUCCGUGGGCACUCCUUUCAAUUGAUUUGAAUUGAUUCUGGCCCCAAUUAAUUAUCUGGAUAAUCAGUGUUCUACUGUAGGUACUUGCUAGAAAUGGCUAUUUUUUAUACUAGCCUUACACUCCUCUUGCAAGUACAGUUAUCGGCACGGAUAUCGAGCCAUGACCUUCACCUGCGCAGAAGCGAUUUACUGCCUUAUUGCCUUAUGCGUACGGGUGCGCAAAGCGAUCCCCACUCUUCCGCCGAGAGCCCAAUAUCCGUGCCGGUAUCUGUAUUUCUUGUAUAUUCACAUUUUCUGAUGUUAUAAUAUUUUGUAAACAAGCAUUGUCUUGUAAGAACAAUGACUGAGAAACAGAAUUAUUUAAAUUACUAGCUGGUGCCCGCGACUUCGUCUGCGCAGGUUUAGUAUUUCGAACAAUAUGUUUACAAAUUGUAGCCUAUGUGUUAUUCCGAUGUAUAAGCUAUAUUAUUGUAAAGUUUCAUUAAAAUCCAUUCAGUAGUUUUUGCGUGAAAGAGUAACAAACAUCCAUACAUCCAUACAUACAAACUUUCGCGUUUAUAAUAUUAGUAGGAUAUAACGCGGCAGGUGUAAAUUUUCCUUAAGAUAUUUAAAUUGCCUGUCUGCGUAUAUGCCAGUUGACUAAGUACUUAGGUAAAUGAAUCUUGAUAUACAUAAUUUAACAAAUCAAUUUAAAAAUAAUAUGGAUAAUUUUAUGUAUUAGUUUAUAAGAAUUGUUAUGUACAAUAAAUAUAUUUGUAUUUCUAUGGGCCCUUAGCCCUAGUUGCCUGAAAUAAAAGAAUAAAUAAAAUGGGACAAAAAAUUAUAUGUAUAUAUAAUACAAGAUACAAUAGUAACAAUUACUUGAUCAACUGACUUAUUAUUCUAAGCAGUAGUUUGUUUUAAUAUGUAUUUGUGUAAGAGCCCUGCCUCACUAGGACGCCAAUGGCGGCGUCGCCGGCUACGUAUCCAAGCAGUUAGUAUUGAAAUGUAUGGAACCUAACUCACUUGGCGACGGUUUGGCAACGUCGCCAAAUUGGAAGCGUGGCCACGAGCUACAGUUCCCUACGUGGCUACUGGCUACUCUGGCAGCUUGGCGAUGUUGCCACGGUUGCCAAUAUAAUGUACACAGUAAAGUGCACCUCCCUCAUUCAGUCGCCAGUGUGGUCGCCAGUCAGCGUGCGAUUUCUUCAGCGACGACGUAAACAAUCGACUGUCGAGACGCCAUGGCCAUUCGACUUGGCGACCUUUGGAUGCCAUAGGUAGCCAGACUUGCGCCGCUGGCGACGUCGCCAUGGCAUCCUAGUGAGGCAGGGCUCUAAAAAGUCCUAUCAAGAUUGUUUACCUUUAGUUAAGUCGCUACUCAAAUGGAGGAUCUCUAAGGAUAGGUAUAUGAGAUUAUUUUUACGCUCCCGAAAAAGAUGGUGUUAUGAACUUGCCACAGGAACAUGAUCGGCAAUCCACCUUUAGCUCCUAGAACUGAUCAUCUGCCUAGCCUUUUCUCAACUAUAUUGGGGUCGGCUUCCAGUCUAACCGGAUGCAGCUGAGUACCAGUGCUUGGAAGGAGCAACUGCCUAUCUGACCUGAAUUAGCUUAAGAACUAAAAAUGUAAACUAUUUGGUUGUGCUAUUCUUAGUUAAUAUUUAGUUUUAAAUACUUUUUACCUUUGGGAAAUUUAGUGAGAUUAAUUUGAAAUUAUAUUAAGAAAAACGACGAAUUAAGUUGUAUUAAUAUCAAAAGUUAUUUUUUAUCACAGACUGAACUUCUAGACCUAACUAAAGAAGCAUCUUUUGAACACAAUGUAGGCCCAAGUUUGAAAACAUAAAUGUUAGUUUUUCAUAAAACAACUGUGACUUUAAAAAUUGUACAUGAAAAUUCAUAGUACACAGUUGUUCUAAGAUUUUUUUGUCUAUGUACCUAUAUUGUUUUUUUUUUAAUUUAUUUAUUCAUAUCAAAAACACAGCUAAUUUAAUCUUUACAGGUACUUAGUUGUUAGUGAACUUGGGCCUUAGUUUAUUAAUUGGUCAGUUAUUUUUCAUUAUAUUAGUUAUGUAAUGUUACUAUUUUAGGUUUCUGCAUUUUCAUAUAUCUAUUUACAGUACCUAUGUAAUAAAUUAUUUCUUCUGAA